UCCAGGAAUAAAUGAUGAUGGGUCAGCAUAAAGGAUCCAGGUUUAGUCGUCUCCAGUAGACCACUCCGGUUAUAUCUACAUAGUUCAGAUAUUUCUGCAGUAUGGGAAAGGGAGAAGGAAAGGGAAAGGCUGCUGCCCACUUUGACGAGGGAACCCUGGAGGUGUACAAGGAGUGCUUCAGGCUCAUGGACAUCGACAAGGACGGGGUCAUCAACAAGACAGAUCUCAGGGCUGCCUUCGACAACGUGGGGCGGUUGGUGAUGGACGACGAGUUGAACCAGAUGUUGAGUGAGGUGGGAGGACCCUGCAACUAUGAUAACAUGAUCAAGAUGUUUGAGGCCAAGAUGGCUGGCGGUGUAAACGAUCCUGACGAUCUUAUUGUUUCAGCAUUCAAGGCAUUUGAUGAAGAAGUGGAGGAGAAGAUCAAAGGACAGAUGGUGAAACGACAUAUUCUUGAUUGUGAACAUUUUAAACAUAUUCUAACAACGUUCGGGGAUCCCCUGAACGUGGAUGAUAUGGACGAUAUCUUCGAUGAGUUUGAUUUUGAUGACAAUGGUGAUAUUCUGACCAAGUCUGUUGUUGAUCUGUUUGUUGCUGGAGCUAUGGAUGAGAAGAAGGAGGAGGAAGAGGAGAAGAAGGAAGGUGAAUCUGCUGAACAAGGAGAAGGUGGUGAAGGAGAUGAUGGCGGUCAGAAGAAGAAGAAGAAGAAGAAGAAGGCUGCAAAGUAAACAAUGGAAUGUUAAUUUAAAUUUUGUUCGAGGAAAUAAUAAAUAUAUUUGUUAAUUCAAAUUAA